CUGCCAGUUGCUGCCGUUGCCGCCGUCAGCGCUGAGUGGCAGCUGGGCAGCGAGGACGGAGCCGCUACCUGCUUCUCCUGCCCCGCGGGCCGCAGCGGCCCCCGCCCCAGCCCGUUCUCCCGGCGCCGCGGUGCGAGCGGAGGGGGCCGGGCGGGGAAGCGCUACCUCCGCUCCGCCUCUGAGCGCAGCCCGCUGCGGGGAUGUGCCAUUGCCAUGGCGAGGCGGCUCUUCCCGGGGGCCUGGCUCAGGAAACGCUACUACGCUCAGGUCAGAUACGAUGCAGGCAGCCAAAGUGUGAGCUUUCUUACACUGGCCCAUUGCUGACCUGAGCCCUGAUUUGGAGGGACCACCUUCUAUAAGGGUUCGCUUCUCAUAUAUGCGAAUGAAGUAUCUCUUCAUCUCUUGGCUAGUAGUAUUUAUUGGCAGCUGGAUUAUAUAUGUUCAGUACUCCACUUACACAGAGCUAUGCAGAGGUCAUGACUGUAAGAAAAUAAUAUGUGAUAAAUAUAAGACUGGAGUUAUUGAUGGAUCAGCAUGUAGUAGUCUUUGCGCUAAAGAAACUCUGUAUUUUGGAAAAUGUUUGUCAACAAAACCCAAUAACCAGAUGUAUUUAGGAAUCUGGGGUAAUCUACAAGGUGUCAUAAAAUGCCAGAUGGAAGAAACUAUUCAUCUUGAUCUUGGAACUGAACUGGAACCAAGAAAAGAAAUAGUUCUGUUUGAUAAACCAACUAGAGGAACUACUGUUCAAAAAUUCAAAGAAAUGGUAUAUGGUCUUUUUAAACGAAAGUUGGGUGAACAGGGAAAUCUUUCUGAACUGGUUAAUCUCAUCCUGUCAGUUGCUGAUGGAAACAAAGAUGGUCGAGUUUCCUUACCAGAAGCAAAGUCAGCGUGGGCUCUUCUGCAGCUAAAUGAAUUUCUGCUUAUGGUGAUCCUCCAGGAUAAAGAACACACCCCAAAAUUGAUGGGGUUUUGUGGAGAUCUCUAUGUGAUGGAAAGAGUUGAAUAUACCUCUCUCUAUGGAAUAAGCCUUCCAUGGAUCUUAGAACUUUUCAUUCCCUCUAGUUUCAGAAGAAGCAUGGACCAGUGGUUUACUCCAUCAUGGCCUAGAAAGGCAAAAAUAGCUAUAGGGCUUUUAGAAUUUGUGGAAGACAUUUUCCAUGGACCUUAUGGGAAUUUUCUUAUGUGUGAUACCAGUGCCAAAAACUUGGGUUAUAAUGAUAAAUAUGACUUGAAAAUGGUGGACAUGAGAAAAAUUGUACCAGAAAUUAAUUUGAAGGAAUUACUUAAAGAUCGUCACUGUGAGUCUGACUUGGACUGUGUUUAUGGUACAGACUGUAGAACUCUAUGCGACCAAAGUAAAAUGAAAUGUACCACAGAAAUAAUUCAGCCCAACUUGGCAAAAGUAUGCCAGUUACUAAAAGACUAUCUGCUUCGCGGUGCUCCGUCAGAAAUACGCGAAGAGUUAGAGAAACAACUGUAUUCUUGUAUUGCCCUUAAAGUCACAGCAAACCAGAUGGAAAUGGAGCAUUCUUUAAUACUAAACAACUUAAAAACUUUAUUGUGGAAGAAAAUAUCCCAUACAAAUGAUUCUUAGUACCUUUAACCACAGAAGAAAACAUUGUUGCCACUAUAGGAGAUUUACCACUUUUUAUCAAAUGCAUCUUUGGCAUUUUUAAAAUAUUUCUUCUUAGCUCAGAAUUCAUUAACUUUCCUAACUCUUACUCCAGCAAACACUGCUACUAUAGUGCUUCUCAGAGAGAGAGUGUGCCACUUAAUGAAUUGUCUGGCAGAAGUUACAAGAGCCUUGUGGUUAGAAUGCUCCAUCAUGGAAAUAAACCAUGUGCUUGCCCUCCCCUUGCACUUUGGCAGAAGACCCUAAACUGGGGUCUCUGGCUGUCAAUAUUCACUGUGCUACCAUAUUGACUAAUUUAAUUUUUUUUUUAAUGCUGUGACUAGCAUCAUUCAUUUGUAAAUAUCCACUGAGAAUUAUUUUUUUCCAAGUAGUGUUACAAAUGCUUGCCAAAAGACCCACCGCUAUUAGAAAUAAUGUGCUUGAGUCCAAGAGACUCUUUUGAAUGAACUGAACAUUUUGAAAAUGAAGUUUACUAAUAACUUAGCAUGGCAAAAUUUGCACAAUGGGAAAUUUUUAAAUUGCUAAACUCAAUGUGACAAUUACAAUUUAUUCCAGAAAACUGGGUAUUUUAGUAUGAGAGAUUUUUAGUUAGAUUUUGUUUGCAUUCACCUUUUUACCUCAUACUUACAUAUAUCUUGAAUGUUACCACAUUAGCUGAAAGUUCUUAAUUAAAGGUCCUGGUACAACAUGCCAUGUUGGGAGCUAAGAAUUUAAAAUAUGUAUUAUAAAUUUUAAAAGUUGCAUAUACUAGAGCAACAAUAUACUGUUACACAGUGGGGAAACAGAGAAACUACAAAGCCUGAGUCUUGAAAGAUAUAAGGAAAGUUAAGCAAUAGCCAGUUUUUAAGCCAGGGAUUUUGUGGAUUAGGUGAUUCUAAAAGGGUGAGGAGUUAAAGAACUUUAAUAGUUUUGGUAGCUGCAGUGUGGUAGCCUUUAUAAUGGAGAUCCUCAUAGUAAAUGUUUAGAGUCCUUAGUUUGACUUAAGUGAAGUAAGUAUCUAACAAACUACAUUUCUAACACUGAUGUAGUCUAAACGUUUGAUUUUGUAGCUAAGGCGGUGUGGCAAGAUCAGUCUUGCAUUUACUUUCUCCUGGUUUACUUUAACAAAUGUCUAAAUUAUAGCUAGGCCUAAGCCACAGGACAGACUCUAGAUCCUGAUCUGGAUUUCCCUAAAUUUUGGAAGUGUUCAUUUAUGUAGUUUUUUGUUUCUCUUUGGGUCCAUCUUUACCCUCAGCACUAAAUUAAUAAUUAGUUUAUUACUGGAAAUAUUCUCCUUGGCAUGUUCUUGUUUAAAUUUUUGCAGGAUGCUAGGUUUAUUCUCUGCAGCUCUGAAGCAAUGAGUGAAUACUAGACUUGGAUCAUGAGGGAAAUAACUUGUGAUCUCAUCUUAACUCCCAUUUGCCCACAUUCCACACUGUUCUUGACUGCUCAAGAGUGGCUCAAGUCACAAAUGAGACUUUGCAGAACUCUGUGUGUGUCUAAAGCACUUGUGAACACUAUACUUGGUAUUCACCCAUUACUAACCCUUCGUAAGCACUUAAUUCACUUCUACCUUUUGUUCAAGGGAGAUGAGGAAAAAACCUUUUAUUUAAAAAGUACUAUUUAAAGUGUUAAUUCUUUUUACUGCUUUGCAGGCCUUUUGUGUUCAACUUGUUUCUUAAAUGAUUAUUAGUACCUGGAUUCAACAAAAUUCUUGUUCAUGAAGGCAUAUAACAAACAUACUUGGAGAAGGUAAAAUUAUCUAUGUGGGAAGUAUUAAUUCUCUUGUUUUAGGUGUGGUUUUGCUUUUUUGUAAAUAUUCAGUUGUUUGACUCUUGCACAGUGUCUACCAUUCUGCUGUCUCCUUAAAGUUGACUGAUCUGCCCUCCAAGAAGAGGUGCUAAUAUAUCUGCAACUAGUAAAGAAACCAAACAUUAAGUAUAUCAUUUUCUUACCAUAUAAAUCUGAAUGUGAAUACUAUGAUGGCUAUUAGGCAUUGAAACUAUUGAACAAAAUAGUGUGAAUAUUUUAAAUGUUUUUUGGAUAACUGGAAACUUGUCAACAAUGCAGUUUAUUGUACAUUUUUAUUGCUAUUGCAACACCUUCAGGAGCUUUCAUUUAGAGUUUUGUUUACAAUAAAUCAAAGGAAUCCUU